GAGAUCAGGGUCUCCUGUCGGGGGAGAGGACUGGGUGAGAUUAGGGUCUCCUGUUGGGGGAGAGGGCUGGUGAGAUCAGGGUCUCCUGUGGGGGGAGAGGGCUGGUGAGAUCAACAGAGGAGGGUCCCUUCUUCCCUUCAGGCAGCAAAGCCUCUCCCCUUGUGAGCUGGUGUGUCACCGUCAGUGAUGUGGUGUGGGGUCCCCACUUGGGAAGUUAAAUUGUGCUCUGUCCCAGAACCACAGCAGGCUCAGCCCUGCUUUCCAGGCUGGGCUCUCUCCUGGAGGCUCAGCUGGCUCCACCCACCCCGUUGGGAUAAGCAGCUGGAAUGUCCCUACCCACACAGGACCCACUGCCCUCAGGGAAUGGAAAACCUCCGUCUCACUAUCAGACCCAGUGGAGAAUUGCCCCCACCCCACCUCUUGUAUUCAGAGGCUCUGACCCCUAGGGAUCCUGGACUAGGGGUGCCUUGAUGGGGAGCCCACCUGUGGCCUGUGGGUGCUGGGCUGUGGGGGGCAAUCCUCCAGGAUCCCCAGCCCCACCUUCCCAACCUUCUGUUGAGGGUGGGAGGACACAGACAGCCCCCCUCCCUCUUCCUCCUCCCUACUCCUAGGCCCUGAGUGCUUUUAAAAAAGGCCUGGGGGAUUGGGCAGCCCACCCCUCCCUCACCUCGAGGGGGUCUCCAGAGUGAAGGCCCGGCCGGAAGGCAGGGCCCUGGAGCGGAGGCCCUCGUGUGUGGCGGCACCAUCUCCCCUCUCGCUGGCUUGUGGUGUUCCCAGUGGCUCUGGGGUUGAUACAGCAGGCAUUGAAAUGGCUCCUGUUUCUCUGGCAGAGUUGUGGGGGCAGAGCCAGCCUUGGCCACACUGCGUUCUAAGGGGCUGUCAUUUUGCCCAGGGAGCUCCUGGCUUGACCGUCUACCCCCGGGGCCAGCACACAUCCCCCCAUGUCCCACUGCAGGGCCCCGGGGCAGGGAACAGCUUAUCAGUCAGUGUCCUUCCUCCCCAGCCCCGGCCUGCAUCUCCAUCGUCCACCCUGCUCCAGCCACCCCUUGUCCCUCUCCCUGCCCCUGGCCCGGAGCCUCUGGCCCCUCCUGCACUCCUGAGCCUAUCCAUCCAGCAGCGCCCCUCCUCCAAGGCCCCUCUGGGUCGGGGGUGUACACAGUGGGAAGAGGCAGCCCCUGCUGCUCCUCGCCCAGCCUGGUGCAGUGGCCAGAGCCACCCAGGGCAGUGGCAGAAGAAGGGGCUGUUUGAUUAGAAUCAGGGAAGAUAAGGCCCCUUGUGUGACCCCAGAGCUGGGGAUGCCAAAACUGCCCCUCCUGCCCCACCCACCUGCUGCUCUGUCCGUCAAGAGAGAGCCCCCGAUUCUGUGGUUCCUUGGUCCCCAGCACUAAGCCUGCCUGACUCCUCACCUGGCUCGGACUGGGCAUCAGUGACACACAGGUCCUGCCUCCCAGCAGCCCCUUCAUGAGCCCAAGGCCCAAGGGCUGGGGUUGGGAGCCCUUUAGCAGGCUGUGACACAGGUGCCUGUCCCUGUCAUUCAGCUGUCACCCUGCAUGGCGCAUCUCAGGCCCCGUUAGCGGAAGGAACCCCAGGUGGAGCUGGCCCCACUCAGGGUCACCCAGCCACUGCCUGCAGGAGGCUGUACUGUGGUGGCCCAACGUCCAGCCCUGCCCAGAGACCCUCUGCUCCAGCUGCAGCCUUUGCCCCUCCUCACCCCUCUCCCUGGUUUCUCCCUGGCACUGCCCUCCAUCUGCCCAGCCGUCCACCCACACCUCUUACUCUGUUUGAGGGUGCCCCAAAGAAGAGCCCAUCGCAGCCCAGGGGCUCACAGCCAGCCACUCGAAGGACCCUGCACACAGGCCCCACAGGAAGACCCUCCCUGCCUCUCCCACGGAAUUCGGCGGGUGCGAAAACGGCUCCAUAGCAGUGAAAGGCCGAUUUCUGGGGCUGUUGCUGCCCCGAGCUCCCAGCUCAGAUGCUGUCUCUGGCCUGGGACCAGGCGCUGUGCCUCCUGCAGCCCCAGCAGGCACCACAGAGGCUGUCCUCCUCACCCUGUGUCCUCACCCCAGGCCAGCUCCUCCUUUGAGCCGGCGCUGGCAGUGCUAAUCUCAAAGGAAUGUGCAGCCAGCCAGUGGCGUCCCAGGGACCCAGGAAGCCCAGCUGAGCCUUGCACAGCACCCAUGGGGUAUCCAGGCACCCCAUUGCUGGGCAGGGGGCAUGCAACAGGCCCCCGAGGGUGGGCCCCACACUUGGCCUGGUGCAGCUGCAAGCCAGCCCAGCCACCUUGCUCACUGUGACCCUGGGGCCAAGUGAUGGAAGGUCCAGGCACUGCCACCCUCACGCUUGGCGUGUUGGCUCAUCAGCCUGGCAAGCCAACUUUCCCAGGGGCUAAGACUAGGUGAGGAGAACGGUGAGGACCGACCAGCCGGGGGCUGUCAACUCAGGGAGGAGGUCAGCGUCUGGGAGUACGGUCCCCCUCUAAGAGCAUUGGGCCACCUGACAGGAGGGUGGCUGCCACCAGCACUGAGUCAAGGGUCUCUGGGACCCCGAGAGCUCCCAGCCAGCCAGCCAGCCCUGGGUGACAGGAAAGCCAGCUCCACCAGGGGAGAUGGUGCAGCCCCCAUGACCCUAGUCAAGACCUCCUGGCAUGUGGGGGCUGGUCAGGUGGCCCGAGCUCCCCCUGGCAAAAAGUGGCCCCUCCUGGGGUCUCUUCCCUUCCAGCUCUCUCUUUAUCCGUAGGACUCUGAGGCUCAGAGGAGCAGCUUAACGGGAGAAGGACGCCCCCCUGGCCAGGACCCCCCAGGCUCUGCCACUCAGCAGCCCCCAGAGGAGCGUGCACAAACACCAGGACUAAGUGGCCCCAGACGUGCAGUCCCUGCCAGAUGUUGGGGGCAGCUAGCUGCCCAGAGGCAUGCCUCUCCGCCAGCCACGCCCACCUGUGCUGCUGCUGCUACUGCUGGUCUGCCAGCCACAGGCCUCCUCCGCUCAGGUGAUGGACUUCCUGUUUGAGAGGUGGAAGCUCUACGGUGACCAGUGUCACCACAACCUGAGCCUGCUGCCCCCUCCCACUGAGCUGGUCUGCAACAGAACGUUCGACAAGUAUUCCUGUUGGCCGGACACUCCCCCAAAUACCACAGCCAACAUCUCCUGCCCCUGGUACCUGCCUUGGCACCACAAAGUGCAACACCGCUACGUGUUCAAGAGAUGUGGGCCCGAUGGGCAGUGGGUUCGAGGACCCGGGGGGCAGCCUUGGCGAAACGCCUCCCAGUGCCAGAUAGACGGCGAGGAGACUGAUGUCCAGAAGGAGGUGGCCAGGAUGUACAGCAGCUUCCAGGCGAUGUACUCGGUGGGCUACACCCUGUCCCUGGGAGCCCUGCUCCUCGCCUUGGCCCUCCUGGGGGGCCUCAGCAAGCUGCACUGCACCCGCAACGCCAUCCAUGCCAACCUGUUUGCAUCCUUCGUGCUGAAGGCGGGCUCUGUGCUGGUCAUUGACGGGCUGCUCAGGACCCGCUACAGCCAGAAGAUCGAGGACGACCUCAGUGUCAGCAUCUGGCUCAGUGAUGGAGCGGUGGCCGGCUGCCGUGUGGCCACAGUGUUCAUGCAUUACGGCAUCGUGGCCAACUACUGCUGGCUGCUGGUGGAGGGCCUAUACCUGCACAGCCUGCUGGGCCUGGCCACCCUCCCCGAGAGGAGCUUCUUCCGCCUCUACCUGGGCAUCGGCUGGGGCGCCCCCAUGCUGUUCGUCAUCCCCUGGGCGGUGGUCAAGUGUCUGUUCGAGAACAUCCAGUGCUGGACCAGCAAUGACAACAUGGGCUUCUGGUGGAUCCUGCGGUUCCCCGUCUUCCUGGCCAUCCUGAUCAACUUAUUCAUCUUCAUCCGCGUCGUUCAUCUGCUUGUGGCCAAGCUGCGAGCACGGCAGAUGCACCACACAGACUACAAGUUCCGGCUGGCCAAGUCCACACUGACUCUCAUCCCCCUGCUGGGGGUCCACGAAGUGGUCUUCGCCUUUGUGACAGACGAGCACGCCCAGGGCACCCUGCGCUCUGCCAAGCUCUUCUUCGACCUCUUCCUCAGCUCCUUCCAGGGCCUGCUGGUGGCUGUCCUCUACUGCUUCCUCAACAAGGAGGUACAGUCAGAGCUGCGGCAGCGCUGGCACCGCUGGCGCCUGGGCAAAGCACUACAGGAGGAGCAGAACACUAGCAGCCACAAGGCCUCGUCUGCGCCCGGCCUCAGCUCUCCCAGCAGGAAGCUGCGGUUUGGGAGCAGUGGAGGCAGCCACGGUGCUGGCCAGGAUUCAUCUGUGGCGACCCCAUUGGCCGGUGGCCUCUCUAGGUUAGCUGAGAGCCCCUUCUGAACCCUGCUGGGACCCCAGCUAGAGCUGGACUCAGACACCCAGAACUGGAUGCCCAGCUGAGGCUGGGGUGGGGGGGCCAACAGCAGCUUCCACCUACCCCCACCCCCAGUGUGACGAUCUGUGAGGUGGGGCCUCCCCUCCCUGUGCCUGCCCUGUCCCUGGUGCAGGGGCGAGCAGAGGAGUCAAGAGCAGGGGUGGGGCACUGUGCUGUGAACUGCACGCGUGUGUCCCCAUGUGUGCCGUGAUGUCCUACGUGUGUGGAAAUGUCCUCCAACAAUAAAGAGCUCAGGUGGCCA